UUCCUUCCCAGAUAAAUUAAACAUUGAUUGACAUUGAAUUGCAUUUUUAUAGUGCAUCCAUUGUAGUAGCAAUUACACCUAAUACAGAGAAAAAUUAUUCAUAAUUAUUAUACACAAUUCAAAUAGUGCAGAAAACUGAAAAAACAGAGAAAAAGUAACAUUUUUUUCCAAUUAAAUCAUUUCACGUCUCAUUAAAAAAUUAUCAAUUAUUAUCAUAACUAAUUAGUCAAUUAAUUUUAUACCAUGUCAUCCAUUCGUUCGAAUAGAUCAACGCCAACAUCAAGAACAUCGGCCAAUAAUACAACAAGCACAACUACAACUACAACAACACUACAUUCUUAUCAACAUCCCAACUAUUUAGAUAAAGAAUCAUUAGCUGCAACAAAAAUUCAAGCUGGUUAUCGUGGUUAUUGUACACGUAAAAAAUAUGGUAAUUUAACACUGAACUCAUCGUCAUCGCGUAACUCAUCAUCGCUGUCACCAAAUAAUAAUAAUAAUAAUUAUAAUUUAUAUGCAGAUAGAAAAUCACAUACUACUACUACUAACACUACUACUGAAUUAGACAAUGCAGCCACACGAAUACAAGCUAGUUAUCGUGGUUAUUUAACUAGGAAAGCAUUACGUGAUCAUGAUAACCAUGAUGACAAUGAUGAGAGAAUGCUUAAAAGUAAUGAACAAAAAUUGAAUUAUUUCAGUAUCGAUGAUCAUCAUCAUCAUCAUCGUGGAAACGAUGAAGAUUUCGAUGGAAAAAUUAAAGCUGUGACAAAAAUUCAAGCUGGUUAUCGUGGUUAUAAAACAAGGAAAUCAUUAGCUCCAUUAUUACAUCAUCAUCAUCAUCAGGAUGGACAGAAUAAAGAAAAUCACAAUUAUGCCCGAUAUAAAAUUAAUCAUCCUCAUCCCCAUCAUCAUCCUCAUCAUAAUUAUAAUCAAGAAAGAAAAUUCAGCUCCAAUUCAUCGUGUUGUUUUAUUAAUGAUCCAGAAUUAGCUGCAACUAAAAUACAAGCAACAUUUCGUGGUUAUAGGACAAGACGUCAUUUACCUAAAUAAUCAUCAUCAUAAUCAUCAUCAUCAUAAUCACCAUAAUCAUAGAAGCACAAUCCCAUCAUACAUAUAAAUAUAUAUAUACAUAUGAAUUGAAUGUGAAUGUGUGUGUGUGUGUGUGCGAGUAAUGCUAUCCACAUUGAAACGAUACUGAUAAGAUGACGCCUAUUAUUAUUAUCAUUAUUCUACUACAACUAUUACAACUACUACUGUGGCCAUGAACAACACGCCCCCCUCAAUCAACUCUAUCUCGCCCUCUCGCACUCACCAAUACACACACACACACACACUCAUCUUCUCAACAUCUCCUUAAGGUUAGAUCAAAAUAAACACACAAACAAACAUUUGUUGCAUGCUCAUUUUAUCAUUGAUAUUUUACAUUUUCUGAUGUUUUCUUGGCAAACGACUUACUUCAUAAAAAAAAUGUAAAGUACAUUUGAUUCUUCCGCCGCCGCCACCGCCGCCAUAUUCAAUUCAUGUUACAAUGAAAAAUUAAAACAAAACAAAAUGACCAAAAAAAAACUAACUCAUCAAUAUUUGUUUUUUUUCUAUAAUCUCACACUUAGUUUAUUAAAAUGAUAUAUAUAAAAAUAUAUGCAUAUAUAUAUUUUUUGUUUAAAUAUUCAUGUGGUAUAAUUU